UCAAUUAGUCUUAAUGAUUCAUAUAAGUAAUACAAUCAUACUACCCUACCUAAUACCUGUAGUAUCUUUACUAUAAUGUAAUUGUUCAAAGCGUAUAAAAUAAGUGAAAUUACGCGAAACUGGAAGAAUUAUGUAGAAAUUACAAAACUCGAGCGUAAUAUUCAUGUUUAAUUUCUUGUCUGUGAUAAAAAAAAAAAAGAUAUGAAUAUUAGUGAGGAGAAAAUAGUGCUGCUAUUCAUAAUGUGUUCAUUUUUUGUAUAGUAAAACGUUUUUUAUUACGCCAAAUGUUUUUUAAUUUAUCAAACGUAGAUUUAUCAUAAUAAUUAAUGAGUAUUAAAUAUGUCAGGAUCUUCAGGUAGCAGGCGAACUGGAGGAACUACCAAAAUCCGUCUAACUGUGCUCUGUGCUCAAAAUUUGUUGAAAAAAGAUUUAUUCCGUUUACCACCAGAUGCAUUUGCAAAGAUUAGUGUGGAUGGGUCUGGACAAUGUUAUACAACAGAUACCUGUAAACCAUCUUGUGACCCUCAAUGGAAUCAACAUUAUGAUUUAUAUUUAAGUAAAGGUGAUCAUGUAACAAUUACUUUGUGGAAUCAUAAAAAAAUCCAUAAAAAUAUUCAAAAACCUACUAGUGGUUUCCUUGGGUGUGUAAGGUUAUCUUGGAAUCAAAUUCAGCGAUACAAAGACACUGGUUAUCAGAAAUUAGAUUUAGUUAAAUUAAAUCCAGACGAUCCAAUACCAAUUAAAGGUCAAUUAGUGUUAUCUUUAUUAUCUCAAGAUGGUACAGCAGGUGUAUCAUCUCAACAAUCAUCCCCAUUGCCAGAUGGAUGGGAGGAAAGGAAAACAGACAAUGGACGAUUAUAUUAUGUAAACCAUAAAACUAAAACUACUCAAUGGGUUAAACCAACAAAAUCUCAUUCAAAAAUUACUACAGGUAGUGGUAAUCCUCGCCCUCCUGCACCAACACCAACAGAAGAUACAAUUGUAAGGAAUGAAUCUGAUGUGAUAAAUAAUAAUAAUGGAAAUAAUGUUGUUUUGACUGCACAAACGAAUAGGAAUCCUAGCAAUAGAGCAUCACUCAGUUCUGCCAGAAAUGCAUCAUCUCAUAGUUCCUCAAUUCAACAACCACAAGAUUUGCCAACAGGUUAUGAAAUUAGAACAACACCUCAAGGACAAAUUUAUUUUUAUCAUACUCCAACUGGUUUGAGUACAUGGCACGAUCCAAGAAUUCCUAGGAAUAUAAGUGUAACUUCAGGACAACAACUUGGCCCUUUACCUGCUGGUUGGGAAGUACGUCAAACAUCCAGUGGUCGCUAUUAUUAUGUAGAUCAUAAUAAUCGAACCACAACUUUUUCGGAUCCAAGACUUUCAACAGCAGUUAUAGCUAAUUUAUUACAGAAACAAAAUGAUCAAAGCUCCUCGACAAAUGAACAAAACUCAAUGAACAAUAAAGAGAACACUAGUAUCAAUACCAGAGUGCUCACUACUAGUGAAACAUCAUCAAGUCAGCAGAGAAUUCCACCUCGCCCUCCUGGCUCUGCUUUUGAUGGUCCCCAAAGUAUUGAGACUGAUUCAGAGUGUUUGCCUAAGUACAAACGUGACUUAGUAGCUAAACAAAAAAUUUUACGUACAGAACUGGCUGCAUUACAGCCUCAAACAGGACAUAUGAGAUUAGAAGUUUCAAGAUCAGAAAUAUUUGAAGAGUCAUAUCGAGCAGUGAUGAAGAUGCGACCAAAAGACCUACGAAAACGAUUGAUGGUUAAGUUCCGCGGUGAAGAAGGUCUUGAUUAUGGUGGUGUAGCAAGAGAGUGGUUGUAUUUAUUAUCCCAUGAGAUGCUUAAUCCUCAGUAUGGGUUAUUUCAAUACUCCAGAGAAGACAAUUAUACUUUACAAAUAAAUCCAGAUAGUUCAAUUAAUCCAGAACAUUUAUCUUAUUUCCAUUUUGUCGGUCGUAUAAUUGGAAUUGCUAUUUUUCAUGGACACUAUAUUGAUGGAGGAUUUACAACACCUUUUUAUAAAAUGUUAUUAAAUAAACCAAUUACUCUGGAAGAUAUAGAAGGAGUAGAUCCUGAAUUGCAUCGUAGUCUCACAUAUAUACUAGAAAAUAAACUUGAAAAAGAUAUAAUUGAUACUACUUUUGCGGUAGAACAAAGUAGUUUUGGUGUAUUAAAAUUGCAUGAACUAAAAACUGGUGGACAAAAUAUUCAGCUCACAGAAGAUAAUAAAAAAGAAUAUGUUAAAUUGUACGUGACAUACAGAUUUAUGAGAGGCAUUGAACAACAAUUUUUGGCAUUGCAAAAAGGCUUAACUGAAGUAGUUCCUGGAACAUUGUUAAAGCCUUUCGAUGAACGUGAGAUUGAAUUAAUUAUUAGUGGUAUUGGCACCAUAGAUAUUGAAGAUUGGAAGCGUAAUACUAGACUCAAACAUUGUUCACCUGAUAUGCCUGUGGUGAAAUGGUUUUGGGAAAUUAUUGAACAACACUAUAGUCAAGAAAUGCGUCUCAGGCUAUUACAGUUUGUCACUGGAAGUUCUAGAGUUCCUCUUCAAGGUUUUAAGGCACUUCAAGGGUCAACUGGAGCUGCGGGGCCUCGUUUGUUUACCAUACACUUGACUGAUGUACCAACUGAUAAUCUUCCUAAAGCACAUACAUGCUUUAAUCGUCUUGAUUUGCCAAAAUAUGAAAGUAAACAAAAAUUACUUGAUAAACUCAGUCAAGCAGUUGAAGAAACUUGUGGUUUUACAGUUGAAUAGGUAGUCUGUUAUAUUUUUAUUAACUGCAUACAUUUUUAUUUGUUUAAAAUAUGACUAGUAUCACAUAUUUGUAUUAUUUUUGAUUAUAGAAAUUUUAUUGUAAAGUCAUUUGUUAAUUACAACUUAUCAUAUGUUUAUAUAUUUUUUAUUCAGGAGAAAAUUUUGAGGUGAAUUCAAUUAUUGUUAUUAAAAUAUGUAAUAGUUCUAAGUUAUAGUAAUGAUAAUAAUGUGCAAUAAUACAGGGUAAGACAAUGUAAAGCCUUGGAAGCAAAAUGAAUUAAUUUAAGAACUAUAUUUAACUAUAUUAUUUUAACUUUUUUAAAGAUUAUUGAUUAUAUUUAUGACAGAAAUGUAUUAUUAUUUGUUACCAUUUAAAACUAAUGAGUAGGUGUUCAAGUGUUGAUUUUUAAGGUUAUUUAAAUUUUGGUUUUAAUUGUCAGAUAAUUUAAUAUACCUAAUUUUUA